AUGGAUAAAUGGCUGAAACGGGUUCAGGCCAUACCCAGAACGACAACAGAAACUUCAAAGGAGUCACCUGCUGUCGGGACAAGCUUUUCAGGUCAAGACACUAUCAUAGCAAAUCCUAACUCUGAUGAGAGGCCUGAUGCUAGCCAAACCAUUAACAUGGACAGUGAUGAAGACAGGGAGACACAGACUCUUCCCUCGAGACAACAAGACGAUGGUAGGGAGGCACACUCAAAGAUAAGAAGAUAUAACGAAGAUUAUAUAACUCUGGGCUUCACAUACACAGGCAAUGUGAAUUUCCCUCAGCCACAGUGUGUCAUAUGUGUGCAGGUUCUGUCUAAUAACUCGUUGAAGCCUUCACUCUUACAAAGACAUUUAGAAACGAAACAUGGCAAUUUGAAAAAUAAGCCACAGGAGUUUUUUGAGCGACAAUUGAGACUGCUUUCUAACACCAAGAAAUGUCUGAUCGCGCCAGAUGCUGUAAAUAAGGCAGGAGUAGAAGCGUCUUACAUGGUCAGUUACAGAGUGGCUAAGGCAGGCAAGCCUCAUACUAUUGUGGAGGAACUGAUUGUCCCUGCUGCUAUGGACAUGGCUGAGAAAAUGUUGGGGGAAAAGUCUAAACAUACUUUCCAGAAAAUGCCUUCAUCAGACAAUACCGUGUCCCGACGGAUCAGUGAUAUGUCAGCAGAUGUUUUGAGACAGUUACUAUGUCGUAUACAUGCCAGUGAAUUCUAUGCAUUACAGCUAGAUGAGUCAACAGAUGUAGCAGGCCUGGCUCAGUUGUUGGUGUACGUCAGGUACAUAUAUGGAGGGUCAAUCCAUGAGGAUAUCCUCUUUUGUAAACCGUUACCGACGAGGACAACGGGGCAGGACAUUUUUGGACUCAUAGACAGUUUCAUACGAUCACACGGAAUAACCUGGACCAAAUGUGUUGGUAUAUGCACAGAUGGUGCCAAAGCAAUGACGGGGAGGCACAGCGGAGUGGUCACCCGUGUACAAGCAGUGGCUCCAGAUGCCACUUGGGUCCACUGUAUACAUAGGGAAGUGCUUGCCGCCAAAGGAAUGUCAGACAGCCUGGCACAGGUGUUGGACGACACAGUAAAGAUGGUUAAUUUUGUCAAAUCAAGACCCCUAAACUCGCACAUUUUUUUCACCUUAUGCAGUGAGAUGGGCAGUGACCAUUUGACACUUUUGCUCCACACUGAAGUGCGAUUGUUAUCCAGAGGGAAAGUUUUAGCACGCUUUUUUGAACUGAAAGACGAGCUGAAACUGUUUUUUAUCGACAAUCCUUUUCGCUUGUCAGAUAGGUUGCAUGACGAUGAGUGGCUCACAAGACUGGCCUAUUUGGGAGAUAUCUUUGGUCUUCUAAAUGAGCUCAAUCUCGGGCUGCAAGGUCGCUCUGUGACAAUAUUCAAUGUGCGAGACAAGGUAGAGGCCACGAUUAAAAAGCUGAACUUCUGGUCUGACUGUGUCCAAGACAACGACAUUGGCGCAUUCCCAUCACUGCAGGAUUUUCUGUGUGAAAACGAACUACGGCUUGCCGACAGUGUCAGAUGUGACAUACGGAAACACCUUGGCGACUUGGCAGUGCAAUUACGCAAAUACUUCCCCGAAACAGACAACCACGACACAUGGAUUCGUAAUCCUUUUUCGUCACCCAACACAUUCCAGCAUCCUAUGCUCGAGAGAGAGAGCCUCAUUGAAAUAUCCAUGAACGGGUCGGUCAGAAUCGAGUUCGGUCAGAAGACACUGACAGAUUUCUGGAUUAGUUUGCGGGCAGAGUCUCCGGACCUGGCAAACCGAGCGAUUAAGACGUUGAUGCCAUUUGCUACAACGUAUUUAUGUGAGACUGGAUUCUCAGCUUUGGUCUGCCUUAAGACCAAGUAUAGGUACAGACUGUUUGUGGAAAAUGAUCUAAGACUGAAACUGUUCCCAAUUCGGCCUAACAUCGCUGCAUUAUGUAAGAACAUCCAGGCUCAUCCCUCACAUUGA